UGCCAUAUCCAGACCUCGUCCCCACGAGCGGCCACAGGUAAACCCCGGUGGUUCGCAACCGCCACGCUAUGGCCGAAACGCUAGCCCUCCCGCUCCCCCUCCGCGCGCCGGCGCCACCGCCGCGUCCCACUACCUCCAACCCCGUCGCCCACCGCCAACCGCCCAAGCCUUCAUCCCCCCCUCCUCGCCUCUUCUCCCCGACCUCCCUCCUCUCCACCUCCCACCCCACCCCGACCUCCUCCUCCCGCAAGCCGCGCCUCGGCCGCCCCCUCGACCCCUCCCGCGGCGGCGGAGGCCAGCCGUGGCACCUGCCUCCGUCCCUCUCCCUCCCCGCCCGCCGCGCGCUCCUCGCCCUCCUCGCCGACCCGGACCACGCCUCCCCGCGGGACCUCCUCUCCGCCCUUCCCGCGCCCGACGUCGGCGCCGUCGUCAAUGCGCUCGCCUCCCGCGGGCAUCCGGGCGCCGCGCUCGCCUCGCUUCACGCCGCGCGGGACCUCCACGGCGAGCGCGCCUUGCACCACCCGCGCGUGCUCCCCGUCGCCGUCCGCGUCCUCGCGCGCGCCGGACACCACGCCGAGGCCUCCGCGCUCCUCGACGCCGCACCGGCCCCCGACUCCAGCGCAUACACGGCCCUCGUAUCCGCAUUCUCCCGCGCCGGCCGGUUCAGGGACGCGGUCGCCGUGUUCCACCGCAUGGUGGAUAGCGGCGUGAAGCCCGCGCUCGUUACCUACAACGUCGUGCUCCACGUCUACUCCAAGAUGGCUGUCCCGUGGAAGGAGGUGAUGUCGCUCGUCGACUCCAUGAAGAAGGAUGGCGUUGCGCUGGACAGGUAUACAUACAACACGCUCAUUAGUUGUUGCCGUCGUAGGGCGCUUUACAAGGAGGCGGCGCAAGUGUUUGAUGAGAUGAAGGCUGCUGGGUUGGAGCCUGACAAGGUCACAUUCAAUUCCCUGCUCGAUGUAUAUGGUAAGGCGCGGAGGCACGAGGAGGCAAUUGGGGUGCUCAAAGAGAUGGAGAAUGUGGGCUGUCCACCCAGUGUCGUGACCUAUAACUCGCUAAUUUCGGCGUAUGUGAAGGAUGGGUUGUUGGAACAGGCUGUGGAGCUGAAACAGGAGAUGGAGUUGAAGGGGAUCAAACCGGAUGUUGUUACAUACACGACGUUGAUCUCUGGCCUUGACAGGGCUGGUAAAAUUGAUGCAGCAGUUGGUACAUACAGUGAAAUGGUGAAGAACGGAUGUAACCCGAACUUGUGCACGUACAAUGCAUUGAUCAAGAUGCAUGGGGUGAGGGGGAAGUUCACAGAGAUGAUGGCUGUUUUUAAUGAGCUCGGGGCUGCUGGGUAUGUGCCAGAUGUUGUCACAUGGAACACGCUCUUAGCUGUAUUUGGGCAGAAUGGUCUAGACUCUGAGGUUUCUGGGGUGUUCAAGGAGAUGAAGAAAGCUGGUUAUAUCCCUGAGAGGGACACAUAUGUUUCACUUAUUAGUUCGUAUAGUCGAUGUGGUUUGUUUGACCAAGCAAUGGAGAUAUACAAGAGGAUGAUGGAAGCUGGUAUAUAUCCUGACAUUUCAACUUAUAAUGCUGUUCUAUCUGCAUUAGCUCGGGGUGGACGUUGGGAACAGGCAGAAAAGUUGUUUGCUGAGAUGGAGGAUCGGGAUUGUAAGCCAGAUGAGCUCAGUUAUUCCUCAUUGCUUCAUGCAUAUGCUAAUGCAAAGAAGUUGGACAAAUUGAAAGCUUUAUCAGAAGAUAUAUAUGCAGAGAGGAUUGAACCACACAACUGGCUAGUAAAAACAUUGGUCUUGGCCAACAGCAAAGUUAAUAAUUUAUCUGAUACGGAAAAGGCAUUCCUUGAACUGAGGAGAAGGCGUUGCUCCCUGGACAUUAAUGUUCUUAAUGCCAUGGUAUCUAUAUAUGGGAAAAAUAGGAUGGUAAAGAAGGUGGAGGAGGUUCUUUCUCUCAUGAAGGAUAAUUCCAUCAACCGCAGUGCUGCAACCUAUAAUAGCUUGAUGCAUAUGUAUUCCUGUUUAGGUGAUUGUGAAAAAUGUGAAAAUAUCCUCACUGAGAUCAAGUCAAGCGGUGUACGUCCUGAUCGAUACUCUUAUAACACUGUGAUAUAUGCAUAUGGAAGAAAAGGACAGAUGAAAGAAGCCUCAAGGUUGUUCUCUGAGAUGAAAUCUUCAGGCGUGAAACCAGAUAUUGUAACAUACAAUAUUUUCAUCAAGAGUUAUGUCUCCAACUCAAUGUUUGAAGAAGCUAUUGAUUUAGUAGGCUAUAUGGUUGCCCAAGGUUGCAAGCCCAAUGAGAGAACUUUCAAUUCAAUAUUGCAGGGCUAUUGUAGACAUGGAAGGAUGGUAGAGGCCAAAUCAUUCCUUAGUAACAUUUCCCAGCUUUAUCCCGGAAUAUCUAAACAAGAAAAACAUAGACUGUUAGAACUGUUGGCAAAGCACACUUUGUAAGAUAGUUGUUUAGUAUCAAACCUUGUUUGUAUUCUUGAGCAUGACAGGUAGAUAGUAGUGAUUUCUUAGUUUUCCGUAGUAGUCUGUACUUCAGAGUGGGCUUGUACAGAUUACAUGUAUUAUGGAGAAGAAUGAAAGAAGCUACUAAAUACAUAUAGUUCCUCUGCUAAAUUUGUAGAGGAACUCAUGUUGGAGAACCUCCAAACCGGAUGAGACACCUUGUUUUGAUAAUGGCAUCUGGCAUUUUGGAUC